GUCCUGUCAAAAAAACGUCAAUUGAAUGUCAUGUCAUCCUCAUCCAGCCGAAUUAUUGGAUUUUAAAGAUAAUUUGCACGCUAGAACUGCAUUAUAAACCAUAUAUCUGUUAAAAAGUCAGAUAAAAAUGUCUUACAAUUUCGAAGAGUUGACUUACAACGAGGCUAAAGACUUGCUCCGCCAGUGGAGGGAGAACAAUGAAAGACGGAGUGAGGAUGUGAUGGAGCUGUGGACAACAGUCUUCAGUGAUGACCUCACUAAACUGGGGAAUGAAAAGCAUCUGGUGCUGGAGCAAGUAAUAUAUGCAGCUCUAGACUGCCACGCAUAUGGAGUGGCCACGUUGUGCAUCUACAUGCUGUCCAACGAGUUCCCUGGCAGCAUGCGUGUCAUGAGAUACAAGGCUGCUUUGCUGGAGGCUGAGGAGAAGUAUGAAGAAGCACUAGAAGUAUUGGACAGCAUAAUCAAAGCAGAUGAGACUAACGCGGCCGCCAGGAAGCGCCGCGUCGCCAUAUUGAAGGCGCAGGGACUGAUCACCGAAGCUAUUAAGGAGCUUGUGGAUUAUCUGAAGAAAUUCAUGUCAGACGUGGAAGCAUGGCAGGAGCUAUGCUCACUAUACCUACAAGUGCAGGAGUACUCCCGGGCCGCCUUCUGUGCUGAGGAGCUCAUCCUGCAUCAGCCACAUAACCAUCUGAUGCACCAGCGUCUUGCUGAUAUCCGGUAUACUAUGGGAGGUGUUGAGAACAUGGAGCUUGCCAAGACUUACUACUGUCAAGCAUUGAAGCUGAACCCAGAGAACAUGAGGGCCUUGCUUGGCUUAUUCUUGACCACAAACAACCUACUGAACCACUACAAGUCGUCCGGCAACAGCGGCAAGCGCAAGGAGGUGUGGAAGCUGUGCCAGUGGGCGCAGUCCGGCGCGGCGCGGCGGCAGCGGGCCGCGCGGGCGCCGCCCACCCCCGACCUCACGCACAUGAUGCUGGCCCUCGCUAUCACUGACUAGGGAGUAUCUACAUAAAAUUGUGACUGACGCUUAAGGCGGUGAGUUUAUAUUAAGUUAAAAAUAUGUAGGGAAAAUAUCGACUUUUCAAGAAGCGUCACAUUUUACAGCAGGAUGCCGCUGUAUGGCUGACGCUUGUAUAACGUCGGAUAUUAGACCAAUUUAAAGUCUUGUCUAAAAAAUUCUUCUACUAGUGGAUUGAACAAUUCUCGUUAUAUAACUUUUUGUAACUUCAUGAUAUGUAGUCAAAAUGUACCUACAAACAAACUACUUGAACUAGAAUAUACAAAUGUGUUAAUAUGAUCAUAUAAAGAUGUAAUUCAUUCCGAAGUUAAUAUAGAAAUGUCAGUAAUCCAUGUAGAAAAUGUACCAAGUAAACUAUUCUAAAUAUUUAUGUAUAAUUAAUUAAUAUAUAAUUUAGACUUUAAGGGUAUGUUAACUUAUCAAAAGGGAUGAGCAUUUAAUGGUGUAUGGAAUGUUUGAUUUUCAAAGUUAGUAUAAUUUUAGUGAAUUAUUUUAAAAUAAAUUAUGUUAUGUUUCCACCAA